CGGUGCGGGCUUUUCCUGGUGCCGGAUUUGGGACUUUCUGAGUGCGGGGUUUGAGUUCUCCCCGUGCGGGCUUGGAGCUGCCCUGGUGCGGGAUUUGGGGCUGUGCCGGUGUUCGGGUUCUCCUGGUGUACAGCUGGAGUUCUCCCAGCGCAGUUUUUGCCUUCUCCUGAUAAAGAUUUGGAGCCUUCCUAGCGCUGGGCUUGGUGCACGGUUCGAGUUCUCCCCGUGCAGGAUUUGGGCUCUCCUGGUGUGGGGUUGAGGCUUUCUCGCUGCUGGGUUUGGUGCUUUCUCAGCGCGGCUCUGGGGUUCUCUUGGAGCAGGAUCCAGAGCCCCGUGGUGCGGGGUUUGGAGCUCUCCCGGUGCAGGAUUUGGGGCUCUCCCGGUGCGAGGUUCGGCCUUUCCUCAUUGCAGGGUUCGGCGCUUUCUCACCGCGCCCUUGGGCUUCUCUCGGUGCAGAUUCGGCGCUCUCCCUGCGCGCAGAUCUCGGUGCUCCGCAUCACCCCGACUCCUCACAUCCCAUGGCAGCCCCUGGAGCCGGCAGCUGCUGGCAGGAUCCUCUGGCGGUGGAGGGCACGACGUGCCGCCCGGUGUGCGGGACGCGGUGCAGGCGGGCGCUGAGCGCGGUGUUCGUGCCGAGCUGCCGGUCGGCUCCGUGCCCGGCGCUGCGCUCCCUGCGGGCCGCCUGCCGCCAGCUGCGGGGCCGGCUGCGCACCGUGCCGUUCGGCCGCCUGGCGCUGGGGGAAACCGCAGCCCUGGAUCUCUUCUAUAACGCAGAUGUGGCCGUGGUGGAGCUCAGUGAUGCCGCCUGCCAGCCCUCGCUCUUCUACCACCUGGGGGUCCGGGAGAGUUUCGAUAUGUCCCACAACGUGCUGCUCUGCUGCCGCUCUGUGCUGCCUGCCCUGCAGGCCCUGCAGGAGGACAUCUGCCAGAAGAACUCGGACCUGUGUGGCAGUUACACCUUCAUCCCCUACACAGUGACGGCCCACGGAGAGGUGCUGUGCUGUGACAGCAGCGCUGAGCAGUGCCCCGCUGAGCUCCCCCAGCCCGGCUGCGGCACGGAGCCCUGCACCCCGCUGACAGCACGGCUCGUCCGGCUGCUGGAGGCCAUCCCCACCAACUCCUGCGGGUAUUUUCGGGAGAGCCUCCGACGUGACAUCCGCCGGGUGCGGGAGCUGUUCCGGGGCGAGCAGCUGAGCCGUGAGCUGAGGAGCAUCCAGCAGCGCCUGGACAGCGUGGAGCUGCUCAGCCUGGACAUCGUGGUCAGCCUGCUGCUGUCCUACCGCGAUGCGCAGGAUUACGACUCUAUCAUCUCUCUGGUGGACGCCCUGCACUCCCUGCCUACCUGCGACGUGGCCGAGCAGCCCAACGUUCGCUUCCAUUACGCCUUUGCCCUCAGUCGGAGGAACCGUGCUGGAGACCGCGAGAAGGCUCUGUCAGUGCUGCUGCCUGCCGUGCAGCACCGGGACACGGCGGCACCCGACCUGCUCUGCCUCUGCGGCCGCAUCUACAAAGACAUGUUCAUCAGCUCUGGCCUCACUGACACGGAGACGCGGGACCGAGCGCUGUACUGGUACAGCAAAGCCUUCGAGCUGGAGCCCAGCCUCCACGCGGGCAUCAACGCUGCCGUCCUCCUCGUCGCCUCCGGCCAUCGCUUCGACACCUCGCUGCGGCUGCAGCAGAUCGGAGUGAAGCUGAGCUGCCUGCAGGGCCGUAAGGGCAGCCUGGAGGAGCUGCGGCACUACUGGGACGUGGGCUUCUGCCUGGGGGCCGGAAUCUUGGCCAACGACCUGGGCAAAGUCAUCCAGGCCUCUGAGAAUCUCUACAAGCUCAACGCACCGGGAUGGUACCUGGUGUCCUUCAUGGAGACGUUCCUGCUCUACAAACACUUCCAGCAGAGCCCAGCGCUGCCAUCCGCCCGGCAGGAGCUGGCUGACUUCUGGCUGGGCUUCCUGCUCACCUCCUGCCAGCCCUUCGUGCCUGAGCCGCGCUGCCCAGUCCUCGUCCUGGAGCACGGCAAGGUGCUGCAGCCGGCACGGCUGGCGCUGCGCAGUGCGGCGGAGGAGCCCGCUGUGAUGCUCAGCCUCGUGUGCCCCACAGAGGAGAAAGCAGUGUCGAGCUGGAAGUUCCCACCCGCAGCCAUCCGGGGCGUCAGCAUCUGCAAGAGCGACGAGCGGGGCUGCUUUCUCUACGUGGCUCACACUGAGCACUUCCAGCUGUACUUCCCCUCCCAGCAGCACUGCCAGUGGUUCUGUGAGCGGGUCCAAUCCUUCCUGGCGGAGCAGGGCGGUGAGGAGCUGCUCGGCAGCACGCAGCCCAUCCUGGAGGUGAGGGGAGCACAGCGGGUGGCGGGGGGGGCGCCAGGCGUUCCUGCUGCCACCCCACGUGCCCCCCUGCAGUACAGCUAUGAGUGCACCGAGUCGGGUGAGCGCGUGGUCCUGGGCAGGGGCACUUAUGGGGUCGUCUACGCCGGGCGCUGCCUCGGCACCCAAGUGAGGAUCGCCAUCAAGGAGAUCCCAGAGCGGGACAGCCGCUGCUCGCAGCCCUUGCACGAGGAGCUGGCCUUGCACAAGCGCCUGCGGCACAGGAACAUCGUGCGGUACCUGGGCUCCGUCAGCCAGGAUGGCUUCAUCAAGAUCUUCAUGGAGGAGGUGCCGGGAGGGAGCCUCUCGUCCCUGCUGCGCUCCAAGUGGGGUCCCCUGAAGGACAACGAGCCCACCAUCGUCUUCUACACCCGCCAGAUCCUCAACGGGCUCAGUUACCUCCACGACAACCACAUCGUGCACCGGGACAUCAAGGGUGACAACGUCCUCAUCAACACAUACAGCGGCGUGCUGAAGAUCUCCGACUUCGGCACCUCCAAGCGGCUGGCGGGCAUCAGCCCCAGUGCUGGCAGCUUCACGGGCACCCUGCAGUACAUGGCCCCCGAAAUCAUCGACCGAGGGCCGUGGGGCUACGGGAAGCCGGCAGAUAUCUGGUCGUUGGGCUGCACCGUCAUCGAGAUGGCCACGGGCAGACCGCCCUUCUACGAGCUGGGCAGCCCCCAGGCGGCCAUGUUCAAGGUGGGCAUGUUCAAGGCACACCCGGAGGUGCCCGGCUCCAUGUCGGACGAGGCCAAGGCUUUCAUCCUGCGCUGCUUCGAGGCUGACCCGGCCGUGAGGGCGACGGCAUCCGCGCUGCUGCAGGACCCGUUCCUGGCUGGUGCCAGGCGUCCCCGCAGCCAGAGGGCGCCCACAGCGAGAGGCGGUUCACCUCGCGAUGGGGACGCGGUGGGGACUGGCAGCGCUGAGGGACGUCCAGCCUUUGGGGACGGGGUGGGGGGCACCGCGGGCAGCACCCCGCUCCCACAGCGCCACGGCGAGGCAGCGCCGGGUCACAGCAGCACCGGCUCCGACCUCACCCUGCGCUCAUCCUCACCCGAGGAGAGCGGGGACAGCUUCGUGCUGCAGAAGGACAUCCAGCACCGCGCCACCCUGCUGUGCAUCCUGAGAGCCGAGGCGCCGGGCAUCACUGCUGCCCUGCAGGAGAGCCAGAGCGCGGUGGGACCAAGGCUGAGCUCGGAGCACAUCGCCCAGCUGCUGAGCUGCCUGCAGAGCUACAUCCAGAGCCCCCAGCAGCCCCGGCUGCGCCGCGACCUCCUGCAGCUGCAGGCAAGGCUGAGGGAGGAUGGGAUCGGUGUGCAGCGACUGCAGGCACCGCUGCUCCACUUCCAGGCUGUGGUGACGCGGGUGCUGCGCCAGCACCACAUCAGGCCUCACUGGGUGUUUGCUCUGGACUCAGCCAUCAGCCAGGCAGUGCAGGCAGCUCUGGCCGUGCUGCUGACAGAGCUGCAGGAGGAGGACUCCGAGGCCGAUGGCCCCACAGAGAGCAGCGCCAGCCAGCAAUGCUCGGUGCUGCUGGCACAGCUCCGCCGCCUCCGCGCACAGACGGGCAGGUGGGGCCGGGCAUCCGUGGGGCACAGGGAUGGGGCGGCACCGUGUGCCCCCCAAUGCCAGCCCCCAUCCCUGCUGCCCUCCAGGCUGCUCCGACAGCUGGCCGACAAGGAGCAGGAGUGGCAGCGGUUGGCACAGCGGGCGCUUUGCUCGGUGGACAUCACACAGCCCGACCUCCCCCCGCACCGCGGUGAGCAGGGACACAGCGGGGGGGACACCGCAGCUUCAUGCCCCGGGCGCAGCGGCGGGGCCCGGGCUGAUCCGCUGCUCCUGGAGUGGCUGCAGCAGCACGGCACGGACCCAAGCGCCACAGCCGCGGUGAGACCCACGGCCACGCGGAGCCCCUCGGGGCUGCACCCCGCCGAUGCCGUGGGGCUGCGCCACCUCACCGCCACCUCACCGCCACCUCCCGCAGCUCCUGACGCACGGCUUCACCCUGCGGGACCUGCUGGGCAGCGCCACCCGCGACGACCUCUUCUACACCGGGAUGAGGCGCGGCUCUGCGUACCGCCUGUGGGCAGCCAUCGUGCGGCACCGCGAGGAUCAGCGGCACGGAGGGACGCCAGCGGCGGAGCAAUAAACGGCAUCCGGGGGAGAGCGCGCCGUGCUUCAUUGCGGCCCAAGGCGCCCCGUGUGCGCGGGGCACAGCGCGACCCCCCCCCCCCCAUCCCCAUGCGCUCACGGUGCGCUGCGCGGCACCAGGUCGGUGCGCAGCGGUAG